AGCUUCGAGAGCCCCCCAGAGCUCCAGCAGCACGGGCAGCCCCGCGGCCAUGGCAGAGCCCCCAGACCCGCCGGUGUCCCCAGACCCGCCGGUGUCCCCAGAGCCGCCGGUGUCCCCAGAGCCGCCGGUGUCCCCGGCCCCGCCGGGCGGGCUGGUGGCGGUGGCGCAGGUGACAUCCACGGCGGACAAGGAGCACAACUGGCGGCAGUGCUCGGCGCUGGUGCGGCGCGCGGCGGCCGCCGGGGCCCGCGCCGUGUUCCUGCCCGAGGCCUUCGACUUCAUCGGGGACAGCGCCCAGCACAGCCUGGCGCUGGCAGAGCCCCUGCACGGGGACACCGUGGGGCGCUACCGCCGGCUGGCCAGGGAAUGUGGCGUGUGGCUCUCCCUCGGUGGCUUCCACGAGCGCGGCGAGGACUGGGACAGCACCGGCCGCAUCUACAACUGUCACCUGCUGCUGGACAGCUCGGGCGCGCUGGUGGCCGCCUAUCGCAAGCUGCACCUCUUCGACGCGGCGCUGCCGGGGGCGCCGGCGCUGCGUGAGAGCUCCUUCACCAACCCCGGCCGGGAGCUGCUGCCCCCCGUCGACACCCCCGUGGGCAAGCUGGGGCUGGCUGUGUGCUAUGACCUGCGCUUCCCGGAGCUGGCCCAGGCCCUGCGCGGGGCCGGCGCCCAGAUCCUGACCUUCCCCUCGGCCUUCACCGUCCCCACCGGAGCCGCGCACUGGGAGGUGCUGCUGCGUGCCCGCGCCAUCGAGUGCCAGUGCUACGUGGUGGCGGCGGCGCAGAGCGGGCGGCACAACGCCCACCGGGCGUCCUACGGCCACUCGCUGGUGGCCGACCCCUGGGGCACCGUGGUGGCGCAGUGCCACGAGGGCCCGGGGCUGUGCCUGGCACACAUCGACCUCGACUACCUGCAGCAGGUGCGCCGCAACCUGCCCGUGCACGGGCACCGCCGCGGGGACGUCUACGGGGCGCUGCCGGGGACAGCGGGGACAGUGGGGACAAUGGCCCAAAAUUGA